ACCCGACCCGAUGCAAAGUAGAUGAGCAGAUUGGCAGGUCUGUGUAGUGAUUAGUGAAACCUCCAAAACCAAAUAAUCAUCGUUCUCCUUCGGAAAAACGAGUUGAAGAGAGAGAAAGAAAACAAUGGCGUCGGGUUGGGGAAUAUCAGGGAACAAGGGAAGAUGCUACGACUUCUGGAUUGACUUCAGUGAGUGUAUGUCUCGUUGUCGUGAACCCAAGGACUGCUCUCUCCUUCGCGAAGAUUACCUUGAAUGCCUUCAUCACUCCAAAGAGUUUCAAAGAAGGAACAGGGUGUACAAGGAAGAGCAGCGUCAGAUAAGAGCAGCUGCAAGAAAGGCGAAGGGUGAAGACAAUAGUGAUACUCAUCACUGAUGAGCUAUUAUGAUAAAUCUUGGAAUUCCGUAAUAAAAAUUCUGUUGUUUGAUUUCGACUGGAAUUGCAUUAUAUGCGUUUUUGAGUUUGUCAAUUCAUCAUGUGCAAAUUGAUGAGGAGAAUUUUUGUUUUGCUCGGUUUCCAUGACAUAAACAUUGCGCAAAUAUUGUUGCAAAAUUCUCAUCUUGGAUGCUUCAAAUUUGGCAAAAUUCCACUUUUGGCACCUUUGAUUUGGGGGUAUAAUUCUACUUGGGGUUUCUUAGGUAAA